AAAGCAGAAAGCAGAAAGCGCGGGUCGGGAAUAUAUUCGGACCGGGUCUUAGCCCCAAUCACACACAAUCAACAAUCCAACAAUCCAACAAUCCACCCACUUUCGGCUAACGAAUUUUUGUGAAGGCCUUUCCACCCUGCACACCUCAAUUUGAAUACUAAUCCAGUAGCAACAUCAACGCCAACCUUCCCCUUUGGACAGAUCGUUUCUUUGACUCUUCCCUUCGAUCUGUCAUUAGAUCGUGAAGAUGGCUGACUCCGAGACCCCCGUCACGUUGCGAACUCGCAAGUUCAUCCGCAACCCUCUCCUCGGUCGCAAGCAGAUGGUCGUUGACAUCCUGCACCCCGGCCGAGCCAACAUCUCCAAGGACCAGCUCCGAGACAAGCUAUCCACCAUGUAUAAGGCACAGAAGGACCAGAUCUCCGUCUUUGGUCUGCGAACACAAUUCGGUGGCGGAAAGACCACUGGAUUCGCUCUAGUCUACGAUUCCCCCGAGGCUAUGAAGAAGUUUGAGCCCCAGUACCGGCUGGUUCGUGUCGGCCUGGCCACUAAGGCUGAGAGAGCGUCAAGACAGCAACGCAAGCAACGCAAGAACCGACAGAAGACCCUACGGGGUACCGCCAAGGUCAAGGGCGCCAAGGCGAAGAAGGAGAAAUAGACGAUGGGCUUCUAGGUGUUCUGGUCUGGUCUUUGCGGGGUGGGAUUUGGCUCGGCUUCGGCACUGGCUCUGUGCAUUAUACGCGAAAAUGCAUCUCUGCAUCCUACAUACUAGUUCUCGACGCGGUACUAGUGAACUUUCCUCGAGGCGUGACGGAAUGAAUUUGAUGAUUUCCCCCACGAUAGCAUAAAUCAAGGAGUUGUCAUGGCAAUACCCCCGUUUCUAGCUCAUGUUUCUUGUUCAUA